AUGACUGCCCGUGUGGAAGCCAUGGUGAAGUUACCCAGACCCGGCACUCUUCAGGAUUUGAGAAAAUUCCUGGGGGUGGCCAACUUUAUGAGGGAAUUCAUAGAGGACUUUGCUGCCAAAGCAAAACCUCUCUAUGAGCUCCUUAGAGGGGAAGAACCCUCAAUCAAAGGCUGCUUUGAUGAGCUCCUGGGGUUGUUGGGCACCCGUUUAGAAUGUCAGGACACCUUCAUGCGGGACAGUAUACCACCAGCGGAAAGACUGAUUAUUACUUUGCGCUAUUUAGCUACUGGCCACUCUUUGAUCAGUCUUCACUACACCUUCCUGAUCGGGAAAUCCACAGCCAGUGUGAUCGUGAAGGAAACCUGCAUCGCCAUUUGGCAUGUCCUUCAUGCUGCUGUGAUGGCCCAACCAAACAAGGAGGAGUGGCUGAAAAUUGCGGAUACUUUUCAGCAAACAUGCAAUUUCCCGAACUGUGUAGGAGCAAUUGACGGCAAACACAUCCGCGUUCUGAAGCCAAUGAGGAGUGGCAGUCAGUUCUUUAAUUAUAAAAAAUACUUUUCUGUUGUUCUUUUUGCGGUAUGUGAUGCUAACUAUUGUUUCCGUUACAUCGAUGUGGGUUCCUAUGGCAGCAGCUCUGACUCUGCUGUUUUUGGGCAUUCUGACUUUGGUCAAAUGCUCAUUACUAAUGCCCUUGACCUUCCCGGGAACACCACACUGCCUGGCACCACUUAUCCGUCUAUGCCAUUUGUUUUUGUUGAUGACGAGGCAUUUGCUCUAGGUGAGCAUCUUAUGAGGCCAUACUCCAGCCGUGGUCUCUCCAUUGCGCGACGUGUUUUUAAUAAUCGUCUGACAAGAGCACGCAGGGUGGUGAAAUGUGCAUUCGGCAUAUUAUCCAACAAAUGGAGAGUUCUGCACUCACCCAUACAUCUUAAAUUGGAGACCGCCAUCUCGGCUGUGAAGGCAGCAUGUGCUCUUCACAAUUUUGUCAGACAAAGGGAUGGCUUCAAUUUUGAGGAUUCUUUGAGCCAUUCCAUGGAGAGUCCGAAUCGCAGCGGUGUUCGUGGGACCACACAUGGUGCCGCCAUUCGGGACCACUUCACUGCAUAUUUCAUGUCACCACAGGGGGAGUUACCUUGGCAAAUGUAA